AUGAGUCCACCUAAAGUUUUCAAUCAACAAGAUUCCUCGACAAUACAAAUCGUAGCUGGGCUACCCGACAACCACACAAAUCAAAUACCUGACAAUCCACCUCGAAUUGGACAACUUCAAGAGGACACUAUACCUGUCGCAAAUACGAACGGCACACUCGUACCGUAUAAUCCACAGGACGCACCGAAAGCAGCUGCGAGCAAGAACUAA